AUGACGGCAAAAACGAGACCCUCCGUGUUGUCAAAUGAGGUUACCAUUCCUUGGACGCUUCCUCCUCCGCCGAGAUAUAUACUGACGGGCGCCAAUCUCAUUGACCCAGUCCAAGGCAAGGUGCUGAGAAAUGCGACAGUCCAUCUUCAUGGCGGCGUCGUGAAGUCUGUCAAUGGCGAUGCUAGUGAAUGGGAGAGCGAUUCGUCCGCGAUCAAGAUCGAUCUGGCGGGGAAGUUCGUGUGCCCUGGCCUGAUCGACUGCCAUGUUCACCUGGUGGCAGUUCCCUCAGAGAUGGGACUACAAGAGAUGCAGGGUAUGAACACGUCUGCUUCACUGUUGCGCCAACCCCAGGCGAUUGAGGAGAAUGUGCAUCCAGGACCACGACUAUUCAUUGCCGGUCACGCAUUAUCCCAGACGGGCGGUCACGCAGACAUGCGGGGGAUCUCGGAUGAGCACGAAUGUUGCGGCGGAGCAACGCAGGCCGUGGGGCGGGUGAUUGAUGGCGUGCCUGACUGUUUAAAGUACACCAGAGAGGAGCUUCGCCAGGGAGCGGAUUUCAUCAAGAUCAUGGGUGGCGGAGGCGUCGCUAGUCCGACGGACCGCAUCGAAAACAUUCAGUUUUCAGACGAGGAAAUUCGAGCCAUCGUCACUGUCGCGACAAAUGCAGGCACCUACGUGACCACGCAUGCCUACACACCCCAGGCUAUUCAGCAAGCCCUGAAGCAAGGUGUGAUGGGGGUUGAGCACGGCAAUCUGAUUGAUGAAAAGACUGCGAAGCUCAUGGCUGAGAAGGGGGCAUUCCUUACGCCUACCCUCAUCACUUACGCCACAAUGGCAAAGUUUGAGGGUUUCCUCCCGCCAGCCUCCGCAAAGAAGAACAAGGAGGUGCUGGAGAAGGGACUUCACGCCAUCAAAAUUGCCGCCGACGCCGGUGUGACCAUUUGCUUCGGCACGGAUCUGCUUGGCAAGCUGCACUUCGCACAGUCCCGAGAGUUUGGUCUGCGCAGCCAGGUUCAGAGUUCCCUGGAGAUCCUGCGGAGCGCGACCAUCAACGCUGCUCGUAUGCUCCGACAGGACAAGUUCCUGGGCCAGGUCUCUCCGGACUUCGCGGCUGACUUGUUGAUCCUGAACGAGAACCCCCUGGAAGACAUCAAGAUCCUGGACGAGCCGGAGAAGCACGUGCUGGCAACAAUCAAGGCUGGGCGCGUCCACGCAUCGAGGUGGUCAAAAAUGGCGACUGAUUUGCACCGAGUUGACAACAUUGCUUAG